CUAGCUCGGACCAUUAACGAAAAGCUCAGUCAAGUUUUGUGAGUCGACGGAGGCGCUGCAGUUUAUCAGUACGCAGAAGAUUCCCCGACUCUCCACACGUUCACGCUUCUGUUUUGGGAUUUAACUUCUGCAUUUUUCAAGCGAGGGGGUGCACAAAACCACAGACAAGGGAUUCAAAGGUUGGCCCAGGUGGCUCUGUCGCUUUAAAGCGAACCCCCUCCCCUUAAAAUCUGAGCCCCAAGCCAUUGCAGAAAUCAUGGAUGGAUUCUAUGACCAGCAAGUCCCUUUUAUAAUCCCACCCAAUCACAAGUCGUGCGUGGAAGAGCCUCACAGCAGACCUCUGAUUGACAGGAAAAGGAAGUUUGUCGAGACUGAACUUGCACAGGACACAGAAGAACUUUUUCAAGACCUCAGUCAGCUGCAGGAGAUCUGGAUAGCUGAAGCUCAGGUGCCUGAUGAUGAGCAGUUUGUUCCGGAUUUCCAGUCUGAUAAUUUGAUGUUUCAUGGCCCUCCACCCGCCAAGAUCAAACGAGAGCAGACUCCGUCCAAAGAUUUGUCUCCCUGUCGCCAGGACAGGAGUCCCAUGCCCUACGCAGAGAAGUGCCUUUACAGCUACAGUGCCUGCGACAGGAAACCCACCCCUGGGUUCAAGCCAUUAAGCCCUCCCUCCACCCCAGUGUCUCCAUGUGGGACGUCCAAUACACUGAGGGAACAGACCCCUCCCACACCCCAGCAUGGGCCCAGUCCCACCCAAAGGCCCGCACAGCAACCUCCAAACCAGCAAGCACUCCACAGCCUGCCCUUCGCUGUCCCCUGCACGCCUAUUAACCAGGAUGCAAACAACAGGUUUCAGAGGCAGAUGUCAGAGCCAUGUCUACCUUUUCCCCAGUCAGAAAGCCAAGGGCGCCCACCAUUCCUCCCACAGCCCCCCAGCAGCAGUGCUCUGCCCAGAGACAGCCGGCCUCCAUACCACCGGCAGAUGUCGGAGCCUUUGGUGGCUGUACCUCCACAAGGUUUUAAACAGGAGUUCCUCGACCCCCGGUACACGGAGCAGGGUGUUCCCACGAUGGUCCCGUCUGCCCCUGGCCCUCAACAACCACCCUUUCACUCGAUGAGCAUCAAGCAGGAGCCUCGGGACUUCUGUUUUGAUUCUGAAGUGCCUCAAUGCCAGUCAUCAUUUGGAAGAGCAGGGAGCUUCUAUCAAAGUAAUCAAGAAAACUUCUCCUUUGACAGAGAUUCUCAGCUCUAUUUUGACGAUACCUGUGUGGUCCCUGAGAGGCUAGAGGGGAAGAUCAAGCAGGAACCAUCCGUGUAUCGGGAUGGGCCCCCGUACCAGCGCCGUGGCUCUCUUCAGCUCUGGCAGUUCCUGGUGACUUUAUUAGAUGAUCCAGCCAAUGGGCAUUUCAUCGCCUGGACUGGUCGUGGCAUGGAGUUCAAGCUUAUAGAGCCCGAAGAGGUGGCUCGUCGCUGGGGCAUCCAAAAGAACCGACCAGCCAUGAAUUACGACAAACUAAGUCGCUCACUGCGUUACUACUAUGAGAAGGGCAUCAUGCAGAAGGUAAAGGUGGCUGGUGAAAGGUAUGUGUACAAAUUUGUGUGCGAUCCAGAGGCACUGUUCUCCAUGGCCUUCCCCGACAACCAGAGGCCCAACCUGAAGGCCGACCCUGACAGCCUCCCCGGUCUGGGUUUGGAUGAUGACACUGUCCCACUCACGCACUACGAGGACGCUGGCCCCUAUUUGCUGGAAGGAGGGGAGCAGUGCGUCACAGGCCUACCUUUCCAAGAUGGUUAUGGCUACUGAAAUGACAUUGUACAUGAAGACUCUAUGUGCUUGAACUAUACUUGAGCUACGCGAUUGAAAAGACAUGUUUUGCUCACGUUCCUCCCCGGACACCUUGGCAACACUGUCCCAGCUAAGAGCGAACAAGGGAGGAAAACACAGAGGAUCAACAUAGUCCUGCUUUUACACAUAAAGCAUGGAGCUACUGUUUCCAUGGAGACCAAAAAGCGAGGUCUAAGGCCUUUCAAAAAAGCUGUCAGAUUUUUUCCUUCAUGAGAGACUGCAAGAGUUGUUACAUUUCUAUGUGACAUGUUCUAUGUGACAAUCUGCUUUAAUGAAACAAUCAAGAAAUUUAAAUAUUUGGGAUGAACUUUGCAGCAGUAUUUAUAAAGUUGCCUUUUGGUCCCUCACUUGUUUCUGGAAAUCCACUAAAAGGGCUUUAACUAAAAGAGGAUUGUCAGAACUCUCCAUACAGAAACACAGUCCCCACAAACCAUGUAUUUCUGUAGAUAUUUGCUUUGAACAUUUGCCAUGUGUGUUUUGUUUUUAUUACCCAGAGCAAAGAGAUUCUGGGAUGUUCUGGGAUGUUGCUGUAUUUCACGCAGUAGUUGGUUUCCUAUCUAAAUGUUCUUGUAACAUGAACAGAAUUGAAACUGCUUUUAUUUAAUGUAACAAUCAGCAAUAGUCUUCUUGUAUCUUUUUCUUUCAAUUCUUCAUUACUCAUCUUUCAAAAAUAGCACUCCCAGUUAAAGGCAAAUCCAAAUUCACUUUUCUAACCUAUUGCUAUCAAUGUAUAAGACAGUUGCUCCUUUUUGUAUUCUGUGUGCGUGCUUUGAGUUUUUCCUCUGCAUUGUACAUGUAAAUGCACCACUGUACCACAGGAGCAAAAUCUUGCAUGCAAAAAAGAAAUUGUUGACUUUUUGCCACAACUGAAUGGACAUUUUCUUUAAGUUAACAAGAAGCUUCUAUUUGCAUGGUGCCACCAACAUAUCGCUUCAGUUUUUGGACAAAGAAGAUAUUUGUGAUAUUCUCUGCAACUUUUUGUGUUACCUGUUUCUCAGUCGGGGCAAGGACAAACUAUUAUAAAGUAUAUAUUUUUGCUAUAAGGCUGCAUUUGUUUUCAUGUAUAAGCUAUAUAGUUCUGGCUCUAUAGAAAUGUACCUUUUAAAAUAAACUAUCUUGAUCCUUA